AUGGUGGAAGAGCAGGUAGAGCCUCGACCACUGCAGCAACCGGCUGUACAGAUCAUGCAAUCUGUAACAAUAACUCCAAUGCCAGAAUUUUGCCCAGAUGCAAAAAUCGGAACAAGCCUUUCGACAAGAUGGAACAAUUGGCAGUCAGACUUCGAAAUGUAUAUAACCGCAAGUGGAAUAACGGAUCCAAAGCGAAAACGUGCACUCUUGCUAUAUCAAGCCGGACCAAGAGUUUGCGGGAUUUUUAAACAAAUCCCCGAGACAGGAACUGAUACGGACUACAACAUCGCGAAACAGAAAUUAAAGGCUUACUUCGACCCUCAAAAGAAUCGGCGGUACGAAGUUUAUCGUUUUCGACAAACAACUCAAGAACACAAUAGGGCCAUUUAUACGGAACAAAAUAAGUCGCCACUUACAUAAGACGCGACUUAAAUAAGCGGAGUUAUCGCAUAAAUGAUUCUCUACGGCUUUGGUCUUAUUUAUUUGCUAUAGCUAUAAUGUUGUUUUGGUUGUUCUUGUUUUAAUAUGCAAGCCUAAUACUUUUACGUUGUUUCAAGUUUCUGGCAUGUGUAGUUAGACUUUUUGUCCAAAAUUUCUUAUUUAAGACGCAACUUACAUAAGAACAGCUAAAAGACCUGUUCUUAUGUAAGACGCGUCUUAUCCAAGACGCGUCUUAAAUAAGAAUUUUGUACCUUUUAAACGACAAACUCGCAUCUUACUUAAGUCGCGUCUUAUGUAAGUCGCGUCUUAUUUUGUUCCGUAUAAAUGGCCCUAAUGAGACAUUAGAUCAAUUUCACACCAGACUUAGAACAAUGUCAGAAACCUGUAAAUUCGCAGACGUUGAAUUUGAAAUCGAAGAACAAAUCAUUAUAGGCGGAAAUUCAUCGAAAAUACGAAAGCGAGCACUGUGUGAUCCUACAUUUGACUUAAAAUCAAUGCUUUUAGAAGGACGUCGUGACGAACAGAGCAAGUACCAAGCUCAACAAAUCGAAUCUAAAGAACAAACUGACGGUGAGGCUAAUAAAUUAGAACAAAAACCUAAUAACGGUAAUAUUUCGAACAGUAGUAAUAUUAUUUGCAGAAAUUGUGGGCGUGCUUAUCCACACACAGGGGCAUGUCCAGCGAAAGGAAAAACCUGUAAUAAUUGUGGAAAACCGAAUCAUUUCGCUGCUGUUUGUCGAGGAAAACAAAAACAAACGCGAUCACUGACAUACUCAAACAAAAAGCAUGCACAAAGAAAUUUAAAAACAUUAGAUACAAGAUCAAACUCGAGUUCCGAUGAAGUCUAUUUAUAUACCAUGACAAAUACAAAGCACAAUAACAAGGUCAAUGUUAAAGUAGGCGGCGCCAAAUUUCAAACAACAAUUGACAGUAGCGCGACAAUAAAUGUGAUCGAUCAUGACACUUUUAACAAAAUGCAAGACAUAAAAUUAACUUGCACGAACACGAAAGCUUUCGCGUAUAAUACGAAAUCACCAGUUGAAUUUUUGGGAAAAUUCGAAGCGGUAAUCGAAACACGAAAACGAAUAUCUGUAGCCACAUUCUAUAUCGCUAAAGCUGCGAACUGUGGAAACUUACUUUCUCUUUCUACUGCACAAGAACUCGGACUUAUUAGUUUGCAUCUAGACAAACUGACAUCAAAGGAUGCCGCACUAGAAAACAUCCUUCAAAAGCAUUCUAAAGUUUUUUCCGAUCUUGGAAAAUUGAAGGGAGAAAAAGUCAAACUAGAUAUAGACAAAACUAAAAUUCCGAAAGCACAACCCCAAAGGCGCAUACCCUAUCACAUUCGAGAAAAAGUGAAAAAUGCGAUAACUGAAUUUGAAAAUCCAGAUGUCAGUGAAAAAGUGCCAGAAAACGAAGCUACUCCUUGGGUUUCACCCAUUGUGGCUGUUCCCAAAAAAGACGGACAGGUUCGCAUAUGUGUCGAUAUGCGGCUUGCAAAUGAAGCUAUAAGAUGA